UAUCACUUUGAGUAUAUUAUGGCCGGAAGUGGAAACGACUCGCCAGCGAUCGGCAUCGAUCUGGGAACAACGUACUCAUGCGUGGCUGUUUGGAAGCAUGAUAGGAUUGAGAUCAUUCCUAACGAUCAAGGCAACCGAACCACACCUUCUGCUGUUGCUUUCGUUGAUGCAGAGCGUCUGAUCGGUGAUGGCGCCAAAAAUCAAGCACCUAUGAACCCUGCUAACACCGUAUUUGAUUCGAAGAGAUUGAUUGGAAGGAGAUUCAGUGAUCCAAAAGUGCAGGAAGACAUCAAGUUAUGGCCUUUUAAGGUCAUACAAGGGUGUUACGACACACCAAAGAUUGUCGUCACUUACAAAGGUCAAGAGAGGGAAUUUUUGGCUGAACAAAUUUCUUCAAUGAUUCUUGGCAAGAUGAAAGAAACCGCUGAGGCGUACCUUGGAAAAAUCGUGAAAGAUGCUGUGAUAACCGUCCCUGCUUAUUUCAAUGACUCGCAGCGUCAGGCAACCAAAGACGCUGGUACUAUUGCUGGAUUAAACGUUAUUCGUAUGAUCAAUGAGCCUACAGCAGCUGCAAUUGCGUAUGGACUUGACAAUAAGUCUGAUAUUGCUGGCAAGAUAAACGUGCUUGUCUUUGAUCUUGGCGGUGGGACUUUUGAUGUUUCUGUUAUGACUAUCAAGAAAGGGGGUAUUUUUGAGGUGAAAGCUGUUGCUGGCGACACUCAUUUGGGCGGUGAGGAUUUUGAUAAUCGCAUGGUAGAUCACUGUGUGCGGGAAUUUAAGAUGAGAUGGAAAAAGGACUUGAGUGGGAACCAAAGAGCUUUGGGGAGGUUGAGAUUUGCUUGUGAGAAAGCAAAAAGAAAUCUCUCAUGUAUGACUCAGACAUCGGUUGAAUUGGAUUGCUUGCACGAGGGAAUUGAUUUUUCGUUGAAAAUUACACGAGCUAAAUUUGAAUAUCUGAACAUGGGUUUGUUUAAUAAGUGCAUCAUGAUAUUGGAGACAUGUUUAAGUGAGGCUAAGAUGAAGAAAUCAUGUGUAGAACAAGUGAUUCUUGUUGGAGGCUCAACUAGGAUACCAAAGGUCCAGGAUAUGGUGCAGGAGUUUUUUGAUGGCAGAGAGUUAUGCAAGAGUGUAAACGCUGAUGAGGCUGUUGCGUAUGGUGCAGCCGUUAUGGCUGCAAAGGUAAGGUGUAGCGGAGAUAAGCGUGUUCAAGGUGUGUUGCUACGCGACGUCACUCCUUUAUCACUUGGCGUAGAAAUACAAGGAGAUUUAAUAAGCGUUGUCAUCCCGAGAAACACACCAAUACCUACAAGUAAUGCCAAAACAUACCGUACAGUAUGUGAUUACCAAUCUAUGAUUGAGAUCAAUGUGUAUCAAGGUGAAAGAUCCAGAACUAGAGAUAAUCAUUUUUUGGGCAAGUUCCGCAUUUCAGGAAUACCACCUGCUCCCAAAGGAGUCGCUGAAGUUAUUGAACGCUUUGAAAUAGAUGCCAACGGUAUCCUCACAGUCACCGCUUCGAUAAUAUCUACUGGAAAGACGGAGAAACUCAUAAUUUCCAAUGUAAAUGGAAGACUCUCCAAAAAAGAGAUUGAGAAAAUGGUAAGGGAUGCUCAGGAGUACAAACUUGAGGACCAAGAAUUCAAGAAGAAAGCAGAAGCUUACAAUGCAUUAGAGGAUUGCUUAUACAAGGUGAAAAAUAAGAUCGAAGAGUACAAUACCAUGAAGAGUACUGUGAACAUGAAGGAAGUGAAAAAAGCCAUUCAUGAAACAAGCAAGUGGCUCGAGGACAACAAAGCUGCACCUUUUGCUGUGCUUCAACUUCAGAAGGUACGCCUAGAAUUUGUUUGCAAGUCACUCUUUUAGAUCUAAGGUUUUGGCUAUUAAUUGAA